GACCCAACUCAAACCCCUAAGAUCCCUCCUCCGCCUCCUCAAGCUCAACAAAAAACCAUGCAAAAUCCCACUACCCCCAGCAGAACUCUUCCCAUCCUCCGAACUAGUAAAGGAAGAAAACGCCCCGCGCUACAACCCCAGACACUUCUACCCCGUUCGUCUACAUGAGAUAUUUAAUGAUCGGUCGGUAUCAGGUUAUGAGUAAGUUGGGCUGGGGGAUGACUUCGACGGUUUGGUUGGCGAUGGGUUUGGAUGAAUGGCGUUGGCGUCCACCACGUCACGUAACGCUUAAAAUAAAAACGAAUCAGCAUGAUUACCCCAGUGAUGAAGCUGCUAGUAGGGAAUUGCGUAUGACGCAGCGCGUUUCUAGUACUAAUCGUCGGCAUCGGGGGUAUCAAUUUGUGCGUGCGCUGCAGGAUAGUUUCUAUUUGGAGGGGCCUGAUGGUAGGCACGUGUGUAUGGUUUUUGAUACGUUGAAAGAGCCGCUUUGGAAUAUUGAAGAAGCGGUUCGUGAGGAGUGUUUUGCCGGAUGAUGUGUUGAAGCUGGUGGUGCAUAUGAUGUUGCAGGGGUUG